AUGAGAUCUUCUGGAUGGUUAGCAGCUUUGAUUCAAGGAAUAGAACGAUUGUAUCCUAAAUCACUUGCAGAUACUUCUUGGGACAAUGUUGGAUUAUUGCUAGAAUCGCCUGUGAUAAAAUCCGGUCGAAAACGCGUUCUUUUAGCCAUAGAUCUUACAACAUCUGUAGCAGAUGAAGCAUUGGGAAUGUAUCCACCAGUAGGUGCUAUUAUUGUAUAUCAUCCUGCGAUUUUUAAGCCUAUUAAGUCGUUAACAUUGAGUGAUCCUCGUCAUAAAAUAUUGCUUCGUUUAGCAACUUCAGGAAUAAGUGUUUAUUCUCCUCAUACAGCAAUGGAUGCUGCAGUAGGUGGUAUAAACGAUUGGUUGGCGGAUGGUAUCAGUGAUAAUAAAUGUAUUGAAAAAACAGUGAUUCUUCCUUCAAAGUAUACAGAUGGUGAAUCUGUUUCUAAUAAUAUACCCGGUAUGGGAAGGAUUGUUCGUUGGGAAGAUCCUAUUUCAAUUACUACUUUGGUGGAAAGAAUUAAGAAGCUUCUUCAUUUGAAUCAUGUUCAAUUGGCUCUUUCAGAAAAGCAUCGGAAGGAAGGCGGUAAGCAGAUAUAUAAAAUUGGGAUAUGUGCUGGUUCAGGUAGUGGGACUAUCUUAAGAAACGUGCAUGCUGAUGUGUUAUUUACUGGUGAACUAAGUCAUCAUGAUAUAUUGAGUGCAACGGAAAAGGGAAUUUCUGUUAUUUUAUGUGGACAUUCAAAUACAGAGAGAGGAUUUCUGUCUUGUGUGAUGAAAAAACGACUUCAGGACGUUCUUUAUGAAGAAUUCCGUGAUAUACAGGAUGACAAAAUAUUGUUACCAGAGGUAGUAGUGAGUGAAGCUGAUAAAGAUCCUUUAGAGAUUGUAUAA